AUGUCAUCCCAGUUUAUCGAUUCGCAGGUGGAAGACGAGGAGGGUGUUCGCAGGCGCCUUAUUAGCUUUUAUGAAAGACACAACCCACGGCAGCUCGAGUACAUUGAGAACAUAAUUUUUGCAUACAAGGGACACUGGGAUGAGCUUUUUGUUGACUUGGCGGCAAAGUACGAGCAUGAGUUUUGGCCAACUGACACGGCGAAUGAGUCCUGCUCUUGUCCCUCCAACCGUGGCCGUUCUGCAGGCAUUGAUUCCUCUCCUGGCAGCUUAUCUUGUCAACCAUCGGAUAGGUCUGUCGGUUUUUCCUCCUUUAAACUUCUUGACCCCAUGGAGGUCGUUCAAAGACGACGAAGCGACGGGAGAAGGGAUGACAUUCAAAAUGGUUCAUUAGCCAUGAUAAAUGAAAACCCCAGCAACAACAAAAAGAAAAACAACAACGACAGCCUAAAAGAACGAAAAUUGACGCUGUUGAGGCAAUCUUUGUCUGGUGAUGCACAGGAGGACAUCACUCGACGACUGAGGCUACAGCAGUUGUUUACGCGCUUUGCGCCGAGAGAGGUAUUGCGCAUGGAGGAGUUUAUGGCGCAGUACCGAGAAGCAUACAUGAUGGAUAUAAUUUCUGCCAGCGGCCAUCAUGAUGUUGUUACCGAGAAAGAGUGGCAGGAAGCGAUGAUUCAUGACCUUCUCCGCGAAUUUGACCCAAAUAAAAAUGGCAAUCGCGUUGGCUACAAGACCAAUACGAUUCAACGGGAAGUAUAUUUGAAAAAAUCACCAUCAUCUUUUGAUUCACAUGUGCUUUUCCCGUUUACUCCUGCCGAUCCGUUGGAUACGAAACCUUAUUUGGGGUCACGGCUGCUGCAAGAAUUCUGCGCUACAGAACCGAGUACACUCAAAGUUCAGAGGAUGAAAGAGAAAAACAAGAGAAUGACGUCUUUACCUUUUAUUUCCCAACUUCCCUUGACACCGAACAAGGAAGAGCGAACGUGUUUUCAUGUAGAAACAUCUGUGGAUGAAUGGUGCGAACCGCCGAAAGAGCAUUUAUUUGCGAAUACCAACAAAGGCCUUGUGGCAUCAGAACCAGUGAAAUUUUAUUGCGACAAUACCACUCCGAUUAGAAGUAUGAGUGAUGCGGAAAAGAUGAGGGAGAGUGAGGAGUUAAAUGAGAAUGGGGAUCCUCCGUUGUUAUCCAUCAUUCUGAACCAACAUACACAUGGGAAAAGGGUGUGCAUUUUGUUUUCUCAGACGCUUGAGGAACGAAAGGCGGAGGAAUUUCUUUUACGCCCGGCGGUGCGGCGUGCACUUGCUUGCCCGCUUUUGCAUUACCGUUUAUUUUUGUUAUUGUGCAUCUCAAUGGAAGCUGCCCAAGGCGGGGGUUUAACUCCUCAAGGUGAUCCGAUCCUGGCAUGGUCUGGAGAGGAGACGCGGAUACCGUACUGGGAGCCAUCCCUUGCCCACCGUGUGCUUUGGCGUGGCUUACCUUCCCAACAAGUUGAUCAUACGUUUUUCCUACAGAAUGAAAAAAUUACUGGCACACUGCCAUAUGAUCUCUUGGAUACCCUGCACGCGUCACGCUCCCUUGUCCGAACCGUUGGUUUGGAGUCGUUGUGGCGUGAUGAGGUGACAUUUGCUGAUGUUGUGGCGGUUCGUAUGCGGUAUUUUGCGCGUCGUUAUCCCACACUUAGGUGGUUAGUGCUUCGACCGUUUGCUUGCCUGCGUAAUAACCAAGAAUGUACUCAACACUUUAGUCCGGACGAGCCUCAAUGGCAAGGAUGGAAAAAAUUGAGUUCUCUCUUGUUUGUCGACGCUGUGACGGAGCUAAUUCGUGUCUUUGGCGGUUUUAGUGAGCACUGCUGGGUAGAAUUCAUUGAGGUUUGGAAAAAGGACCG